AUGCAGUUGGUUGUAGUUCCGGUGCAAGUCAUAGAUGACAGUUCGCAUGAGCCUGAAGAAAGGCUGCCACUUCUCCAUAUUCCCCGCGAGCAACCAAUUCUCCUUCUAGAAUCAGGAGUACCCGACUCAGGUCCAACUUCCGGUGAGACUGCCCCAAUACCAACAGCAGACUCCCGCGAGCUACCAGCUGAAGAGGGUCCAAAUGCAGAAGCGGUAGUCAGAGAAAUAGAGGAUGAGGCUCCUGCUGAACCUGCUCCCAAUAUGGUUGGUGAAGAACCUGCUCCUCAUGCCCCCCAAGUCAUUGAAGUCGAGGAGAUAGGAGUACUGCCUGAGCUAAUGCCAGAAGCAGUACCUGUUGCGGAGCCUCUUGAGGCCCCUGUUGCUGAGCAACCUACUCCGUCCACUUUAGAACGGUUAGCUCGCGUGCUUGAAGUGACCCCACAUGGGGUUGUAGACGACGCCAGAGAAGGUCUUCGUCGCCUCUUGGGCCCUGAUAUUCUAAUCCUUGGGGCGCCCGCGAAAGUUUUGGAAUAUCUGAGAGUGCUUCUCCGCGAGGGCGCCGUCUCUGAAGAUCAAUUUCGCGAGGUUGACCAGCUGUUGCAGCAACUCCCGCAAGGGCUCAAUGAGAGGGCGGUCGCGAACGCUCAAGCCAGGCAGACCGAAGCACACUACCAGACCCUUACUCAACAAACAGACAAUGCGCGCGAUUUCUUGGGUGACCAAGCUGACCUCAUCAGGGAUCUGACGAUCGAGAGGAACCAUUUAAGGUCCCAGAUUCAGUCCUUUCAGGCCCGGUUGACUGAUGUCACUGCUAGGCUCGUCCAUGCGGAGCCUCAAUUAGAACAACCCCUUGCUGCCUUCGAGGUGCUGUCCCAAGAACUGGCCCAAGCUCGAGUAGCUGCCCAACAAGCCGCACAAGCCGCCGCGGAUGCUAGUUUUCGCCUGGACGAGCUCUUUCUUCGCUUGACCCAUGCAGGUCGAAGACUUUUGGGCCUCUGAUAUUCUAAUCCCAGGCCCAUAUUUGUACGAACAAUAUAAUUAUUAAUAAUUUAAAUAUUUAGCCCACAUU